AUGCUUUUCACCUUUGACCAAGUGGCUGCGUGUGGCAUCUCACCGAGUACGGCCGCUUCUUCUGCUACUGUUAACGUUACCGUGAAUGGAGCCUCUACUUCGACACCGACGACGGCGAUGGUGACAGCUACUUCGGCGUCUUUGACUGAUUCGCAGUCUACGGCUUCAGCGGGCGCUUCUUCAACCGAGAGUCAGACUCGUAGUGGCUCAACACCGACUGUUACGGCUGAUAGUGCGUCGAGGAAGACGGUCGGUCUGGGAGCUGUUGGGCUUAUUGCUGUAGCAGGAAUGUUUGUUUAA